GUCAAAGCGCGCAUUGUCAUAACACGGUGCCGGGAGUGCAUGUUGUUUGUGAUUAUUCAAUAACUUCUGCUUACCAUCGUAUAGGAUUUAUCCGCUCUACAGCAUGCUUUCCCUAUCAAGUAUUGGCUUUAUACGAUGGUCAACGGCACCGCUGAUUGUGGCAAGUGCCCGCCUCUUGCAUACGACCACCUUGGAUCUCGCAGCACGUAAGGGCACACGAGAAAAGGCACGCAAGGCAAAGGUAAAGAAGGUGGUGGAAAAAGUUGGAUUCAUCCGGCACGAUCUGCGGAAAAAGGGAAAGCUCAAUCUCAACGUAGUGAACAAACACAUCGACGACAGCUGGAAGCAAGAUCCGAAGGAUGAUUGUUGGGUGAGCAAAUACUAUAAAUGGCGCGUUUACACAGUCGAGGAGGCUAUCCAAUGCCACCGGGAAACACAUCAUCCAACCGUGUACAAUCUCCCGAACGCUCCACUGUACGCGCACGUCGAGUUAAACAUGCAGGCCGAAAAGUCGACCCGUUUCGUUGAUAACUUCCAGCGCAUGGUCGCAAUACCGCACCGGUUCGAACACGGAGAAAACCGGAACAUUAUCGUGUUCGCGAAAGGGCAGGAUCCGCUGAAGGAAGCCAAAGAUGCGGGAGCUUCGCUCGUGGGUGGGUUGGAGCUGAUAAAGGAAAUUCAGAACGGUGAUCUACAGCUAGCAGAGUAUCCGUUCGUUCUGGCACACCCUAACAUUCUGCCCGAGCUGGUGGUAAUACGAGGUUUGCUGAAGAAAAACAAAUUCCCCAAUCCACGGUCCGGCACGCUGGGCGUAAAUCUGGCAGAGAUGAUCGAGAAAUACGCACACGGUAUCAACUACAAUGCUGUGAAGGAUGAGCAGCAGAAAGAUUUCGGUUCCAUCGUUGCCUGCAUCGGAACGCUACAAAUGGAGAUGAAACACCUGGAAAGCAAUCUUUCCGCUCUGCUGCUGGAUGUGAACUCGAUGCGGCCCAAACGCGAAGGCAAGUUCGUGACGCGAGUACUGUUGAAAAGUCCACCAUCUGGGGAAAACCUGAAGAUUAACCCGUUCCUGUACGUGCCGGAGCAGGGUGCGUUUAGCAAAAAGUCAGCAAAGAGCACCGACACGACCGCCGACGAGGAGGACGAUGCGGAACAGGAUGAGGAGCUAAGAAGUGUGGCGAAGGGAGCGACAGCGUGAGCGGGGCCAUACGGCUAUUUAACAACACAGUGCGCUACCGCUCCGUACACAGUAGGAAUAGAAUAAAAAUGGAACAUGUUCCACACUCACACGCACGUAA